ACGAACUCCGGUACAAAGAGGAAAUAGCACACGGACAUAUGUUUCAUCCAAUAUUGUCAAAUAUCGGCCAUGGCGGAGUGUUUCAGAAGAUAUUUUGACAACUGUCAUGACCAAUCUGCGGACGAUGGUGGCCCCUGGCAUCUUUCCGCCAUCGAGGACACUGAUCACAUCAUCAUCAUUCAUCACUACAAAGAUAAAAUGCAGAGGAAACAAGUGAGGAUGUCUUUCUUACAACAAUUAUGUCCAGAAAUGUGUUUGACUGAGUUUGAGUGAACACUAUGUCUGGUGAAUCCCUUCAAGAAAAUUUCAUUGUGGUGGGGUGUGGAGCAGUGGGCUUGGAUUUAUUGGCCACUGUUGCUGCUUUUCCCAAGCCAGAUCAAAAAAUCAGAAGCACUUCCUUCAAGACUCAAGGAGGCGGCAACACAGGCAACGCCUUAACCUGCGCAGCUCGCUUGGGGCUCAAGCCAAGGAUCAUCUCCAAGGUUGCAGACGACACUCAAGGAAGGAGCAUAUUAGAUGAAUUUCAAGCUGAUGGUGUAGAUACCUCCUUUAUAGUGGUAUCUAAGGAAGGAACUUCACCAUUUACAUAUAUCAUUGUUGACAACCAAACCAAGUCACGUACUUGUCUACAUACCCCAGGAUUUCCUCCAAUGAAACCAGACGAUCUUCCUGAAUCAAGUAUAUUAUCUGCAUUGAAUGGAGCGAGAAUUGCUUAUCUUGAUGGGAGAUUGCAUGAAACUGCUCUAGUUGUUGCACACGAGGCAGUUAAGAAGAAUAUACCUAUCUUAAUGGAUGCAGAAAGGCUAAGAGAAGGGUUGGAUGAUCUCCUGAAAGUAGUUGAUUAUGUCGUAUGUGCUGCACAGUUUCCGCAGGCAUGGACAAAGGCAGCAACUGUUCCAAAAGCACUUAUUUCUAUGCUUCUAAGCUUGCCCAAAAUCAAAUUUGUGAUUGUAACUUUGGGAAAAGAUGGUUGCAUAAUGCUUGAGAGAAGUGCUAAUGAGGUUCCAUCAACAGAAGAAAUGGAUGUUGACAAAUUACUGGAAUCUCUGGAAACAAGAAAGAAUGGGAGCGUAUGCAUCCCAACUUGCAUAUCAUCGUCGGUGACAAAAUUGCGAGCAGAAGGUAUAGGAACAAUUUGUGGUAGGCUAUACAUUGGAACAGCUGAAAACAUACCACCGUCAGAGCUUAUUGAUACUACAGGUGCCGGUGAUGCAUUUUCCGGAGCUGUUCUCUACGCUAUCUGCGCCAACUUUGCACCAGAGAAAAUGCUAUGCUUUGCUGCUAAUGUGGCAGCUGCCAAGUGCAGAGCACUAGGGGCACGGAGUGGUCUUCCUCACCGAACUGAUCAGCGCCUCGCGUCUUUCAUGCAGUAGAUUUAUCAAGCUAGAUGGAUGAGUUAUUUUAAAGGAAAUGAUAUCGGUCAAUUGUUCUUGAUCUUUUGUUUCAUGAAAUUUGUAGUGAGACAUUGAGUAUUCCUUGUUUUUUUACUCUUAAUGGUUAAGUUGAUGCAGUUAUGCAAAGCUAACCGCACAACUGGGAAAUGAACUCUUUCCAUGCAUUGUAAAUUUGUCACGAAAUCAUCUGAAAUUGUUGCACAAAAGUGUGGCUCCAACACUUGGUUAAAACAUGAUCGUGUAGUUAUUAGUUUAUGUAAAAUUACUUCCGUGGAGCUUGAAAGUAA